ACAGUCCAGCAGGAGCUGAAAGGCAAAGCAGAUGACAAGAAAUAUCGUGGCCUGGCUAACUAUGCCCAGUACUACGAGAAAAGAGAUACAGCCCAAGGAAAUGCUGCAUCUGCCAAUGUGAGAAAAGGCCCCAUGCGAGCCCCAGCCAACAUCAGGUCAACAGUGAGAUGGGAUUACCAACCAGAUCUUUGUAAAGAUUACAAGGAAACGGGUUUCUGCGGUUUCGGAGACAGUUGAAAGUUCUUGCACGACCGUUCCGAUUAUAAAUUCGGAUGGCAGUUGGAGCGAGAAGAAAGGGGAAAAGAUGAGCCGGCUGAAGACGACUCAAAGUAUGAAAUACACUCGGACGACGAAGAUUUGCCCUUCAAGUGUUUCAUCUGUCGCGAGUCGUUCCAACAUCCCGUUGUUUCCAAGUGUAAGCAUUAUUUCUGCGAGGCCUGCGCCUUGAAACAUUACCGCAAAUCGCAGCGGUGUUUUGUUUGCGGCAAACAAACUUUUGGUGUCUUUAACCCGGCAAAGAGCCUCAUUGAGCGGCUCAAGUUGGAGGAAGAAGGCAAAACUUACAAGGAAGCAGACAGCGACGAGGAGCUCAACAACUUGGAAUUGAUUAUGCAGCCGUCUGGCAGCACUACUGGUAAACCUAAGGGAGCAACAGCAGAUGUGGAGGAGAUUGAGCACAUUCACUACGCAGACGAAGGAGUCGUGGCCAACGAUACGGAUUCAGAUGAUGACAGCGAUUGAGGAUAAGAUCAUCUUUAUUUUUUUUCCCCUAUCAUUCACGUGUAAGAAUACAUUAUUUUGUAAUUCCUUUUUUUUUUAAAUAAUGCUUUGAAUUGACGUAUAAAGUGUAUUUAACUUUAACGAGUGAAUUUGCAUAGGCACACAAUUAAAUUUUUGUUUUAAUCAUUUCAUCAAUUCAUUAAAAUUUAUCAAGACUCA